UCCAGAGUUCGGGAGAAGACUGCAUAGGAGGAGCAGACGGGGGAUUGGCGCCCCCAUUCGGCAGUGGCCCAGGCCGCCGCUCGUCCAGACAGAUGACUCUUUGGUGCUGUGCUCUCGUCAUUCUUUGUUGCAUCCUGAAGUGUGCCGAGCCCUCAGCUCCACCUCCUGGCAUCCUCAAGGCUAAAUACAAUGACUCCUUCCUCCUCGUGAGGUCCACCCGCAGCCGUGUCCAGCAGCUGCUGAAUAAAUAUAAGGAGCACCAGUUAGGAAACAAGCACUUUGAGCACAGAGGUGGUCAUUUAAAGGACCUACCAGUGCUUUCUACAGACUUCUACAGCUGGCUCCAGCUUCCCGAUUGGGAACGACUACAUGCCGCUCUGUCAGACUUGCAAAGCUACAAGAAUAUGCUGGAGUGGAAGAGGAAAGGUCUGGAGAAGGAGGAAAAAGAUAAGAGGCAUGUGCACAGCACUUUAUCUCAGAGCAUCACCCACAUUGAGCUGGACGUGAGGGACCUGAUGAGCCAAGUCAGCAGUCAGAUGAGCCACAUAAAGGGCAGGAAACUAACUUUCCCCACCGCUCGGACACCUUCCAGCCAAGCCAAUAACUCUAAAACGGUGUGGGAGAGCCGAGUGGAAGGUUACAUCAUUCUGCGGGAUCUGGACCUUUACCUCACCAGGCUGGCCCGUGACUUCCUCCUUCUGGCUUCUAAAACAUAGAAACUCUGGGCAAAAAAAAGAGCUUUCGGUGUUGUGUUGUGAAGUGAAAGGGCUUUUCUGGGUAUUUCCCACUGUUUCUGCCUUGCCUCUGACUGUAAAUUAGUGCUAAAAUCCCACAACACAACAACAAAAGUCAACAUCCUGUUUUGUCAGCCAAGCUCUUAAUCUACUGGACUUUCCAAAGAAUAAGAUAUUUGCUAUUUAUUUGACUUAUUUAUUUCCAUGUUGUUUUAUUUCUCUUACAGAGAGAUACAGUGUUUUACAUAUUUAAUAUUUUAUAGAGUAAGGAUAUGUUU